AUACAUACAUAUAUACGAACUCCGAAUUUAGUUGACUUUUUCCAAAUGCUCAAACGUAUGCGGUUCAAAUAUCUCAAACAAAAUUAGCAUUUAAGUUCGUAUCUGUCGAAGUACACUCAAACAAACAGUCACCUAUGUUUCAUACCACUUUGGUUACCACUGUAUUGUAUUGUCCCAAACCAACCAAAAUUAAAAGUUUGCAAACGAACAAAGAAAAACGAAUACUUUUUGUCUACUCACGCUGCUGGGAGGAAAGGAGGAAAAAGGAUGCCGGAACCGAGGAAGAAGUGCGUCGACCAAGUGGUGGGUGACCUGUGCCUGGGCGACUACGAGCAGGCCCUGCGGCGUUUAAACGAGGUGUUGGAGGGCGAGCAGGAGCACUCGGAGAUCCUGGCUCUGCUGGAGCUAAAGAACAUCGUGGUGCGACUGCGCCUGAAGGGCGAGGCUCAGAGGACGAUCGGACCCACCCGCCUGUCGGACGCCAUGCCGCACGGAUUCACCCUGGAUAUGCUGGACGUGGUGCAGAAGGUGCUGCGUUGCCGCAACCACUACGAGGUGCUGCGCGUCUCGCACCAUGCCACCUACUCGGAGGUGAAACGGGCCUACCACAAGCUGGCUCUGCGCCUGCAUCCCGACAAGAACCGAUCUCCCGGCGCCGAGAAGGCCUUCCGGCGGAUCAGCGAGGCGGCCGACUGCCUCACGGACUGCCAAAAGAGGAUUGAGUAUAACAUAGCCACCGCAGUGGGCGACUGUAAUCGUUUGGAGCAAGAGGACUAUCAGCGCGAAAGUGCAGGCGAAGAUCAGGACACCGUUCAUCGAAGACCGUAUCAGGCGGCCAAUCAGCGGAUGCCGCAGCGGCAGUCUCUCUACCAAACCGAGCAGCUCGUCAUCGGAGUGGUGGCCGCUCUGGUUUUCCUCUUCAUCACCAUGCACUACAUAGCAGCCGCGCCUGCCUACAGCUUCAAGCCAACCAGAACCCACAGUUUUCGCCGUGUCAGCCAGGCGAACCGUAUAGCCUACUACAUGAACCCGAAAAACCUAGAGAAAUACUCGGAGCAGCAGUUGGCCAAGCUGGAAAUAGAAAUCGAGGAGUUGUACAUAUCGGAUCUCAAGCAGAACUGCAAGCAAGAGCGAAGCCUGCGGGAAACGCUGCUGCUCAGGGCGAGGCAGGGGAACAACCAGAAGCUGCUGCAGCAUGUCAGCCAGAUGCCCACUCCCGCCUGCCAGGCGCUGCUCCAGCUGGGAAAGUCCGGACACAGUCCACUGCUGCUGGAGAAUAGCUCUGCGAGGGAGGAAGACUAGGCGGGGUGGAUUUCUAGUGCUACACAUAAGGCUUAGUUAGUUGUGGAAAUAAAGGAGAAUUUGUAAAAUUGUAAAGGGUUG